ACCGCUCAUUAAGCAACAGUUGUUUUUCGAGGCUUCUCUUGCAAUUACGUUUAAUUACCCUCCGGUUUUUUGUGAUUAGACAGAGAAUUAUACCCCAAAGAUGGCCAGCAACUACGAGGGCUACAAGUCGCCGCUGAGCACCCGGUACGCCAGCAAGGAGAUGCAGUUCCUGUUCAGCGACCAAAACAAGUUCUCCACCUGGCGGCGGCUGUGGGUGUGGCUGGCGAGGGCGGAGAGCAGCCUGGGACUGGAGAUCAGCGACUCCCAGAUCGCCGAGAUGGAGCUCCAGAUCAGCAACAUUGAUUUCGAGGCGGCAGCCGCCGAGGAGCGCCUCACGCGCCACGACGUGAUGGCCCAUGUCCAUGUCUUCGCCAAACAGUGUCCAUCCGCCGCUCCGGUGAUCCAUCUGGGGGCCACCUCGUGCUACGUGGGCGACAACACGGACCUGAUUGUGCUGCGAGAUGCCCUCAAACUGCUGCUGCCGCGGGUGGCCAGCGUGAUAGCACGACUCAGCCAGUUCGCCCAGAGCUACAAAGAUCAGCCCACACUGGGAUUCACCCAUCUCCAGCCGGCCCAGCUGACCACGGUGGGCAAGCGAGCGUGCCUGUGGAUCCAGGACUUGAUCAUGGACGAGCGGGCGCUGUCACGCUGUCUGGAAGAUCUGCGCUUCCGGGGAGUCAAGGGAACCACUGGUACCCAGGCCUCGUUUCUGCAACUCUUCAACGGCGAUGGAGAGAAGGUGAAGCAGCUAGAUCAGUUGGUCACCGAGCUGGCCGGUUUUAAGAAGGCCUACGCUGUGACCGGGCAAACAUACUCCCGGAAAGUGGAUGUGGAGAUCGUGGCCGCUCUUUCCAGCCUGGGCACCACCAUCCACAAAAUGUGCUCCGAUCUGCGCAUCCUGGCCUCUCGCAAGGAACUGGAGGAGCCCUUCGAGAGCACCCAAAUUGGAUCUUCGGCCAUGCCGUAUAAGCGGAAUCCCAUGCGCUCGGAGCGCUGCUGCGCCCUGGCCCGUCACCUUAUCACCUUGUUCAGCAGUGCCGCAAACACCCAUGCCACUCAGUGGCUGGAGCGCACCCUGGAUGACUCGGCCAACCGGAGGUUGACCCUUUCCGAGUCCUUCCUGGCUGCCGAUGCCGCUCUGCUCACUCUGCUGAACAUCUCGCAGGGACUGGUGGUCUACCCGAAGGUGAUUGAAAGGCACAUUGCCCAGGAACUGCCUUUCAUGUCCACGGAGAACAUUAUCAUGGCCAUGGUAAAGGCGGGCGGAGAUCGGCAGGUGUGUCACGAGAAGAUUCGCGUGCUGUCUCAGGAGGCUGGAGCCCAGGUGAAGCAGCACGGCAAGGACAACGAUCUGGUGGACCGAGUUCGCAAGGACCCGUACUUUUCUCCCAUUCUGGAGCAACUGGACACCAUACUGGAUGCCAAGACCUUCACUGGACGAGCUAGCGACCAGGUGGGCGAGUUCGUCAAGGAGGAGGUGGAGCCCGUGCUGGCACGCUACUCGGAAGCCCUGAAGAGCGUUCAAGACGUCAAGCUGAACAUCUAGACGCCUAUUAUGUUGCCCUGUUUUAAUCCCAGAGAGUUUGAUUUCGUAAAUUACACGUACAUUCGCACCUAAUCAACUGCGUCAGCCACUGGUGCAGUCAACAUUAUCGCAAUAGACUCAAUGGGUCGAUGGCAGUCAGACCCCCGUCGUGAUUUGUCUUUCUGUUUUUGUUUUGCCAGCUUAUUCACAAUUAAAAAAAAAACCACAAGCCUCGAAUCGAACUCGAGCCGACGUUCUUGAUCUGAGUAAACAUAUUUGCCGCCUGUGCCUUUGACUCAGGCUUUGCCUUUCGCCACUCGGACUGACAUAUCACGACUCCAAUGCUGCCACCACAGUAGGUCUCUGGGUCCCAUGCUGUUGCUUUACUUUUAAUUAUACAACAUAUAAACAUAAAACAUAUCCAAGUGCUGAGAAUUCUGUUGGGAGUCGCAUUUCUUAAACAGUUGCUACUGUUUCUAAGCUGGCAACUAUCUUAUGCUUAUGAUCUUUUCCCCUUAUUAACAUUUUUUUAAAGUGACAUCAAAUGUAAUAUAAUAAUAAAAGUAUACGACCGUAUAAAAGUAAAUGUGCAACGAAUAUAAGGUAAUCUAAAAAGUCUCGCUUUUUGCUGUUGCCAAAUGGAUUAUCACAUCUAAUGACGGCAUUCAAAUCAACUAAGAUCGCAUGGGGUUAUUCACCGUGUAAAAAUGGGAACUGAUAUGAGAGAGAGUUUGAAAUUUGUUUAAAAUGUUUAUAUUUCCCAAUUGAUUUUUAAUAUAAAAUCUAUACAUUUAUUGUGAAUUUUCAAUGAUAAUAAAAAAUGUAUUUAAAAAACUA